UUUGUGUGUGUUUGUGUUUGCUUGUGUGUGUGUGUGUGUGUGUGUUUGUGUGUGCGUGUGUGUGUGUGUGCAGAUGCUGUUCCCCACGUGUGUCCCGAUGACCCAGUGACUCUCAGCAGAUGAUGCCAAGAGGUGACGGACUGAUGGACGGAGAGGAGGCUCCAGCGGCUCCGGUGUUAGAUGGAGAAAGGAGAGAAGUUGUAACGCUGGAGGGAGAGAGAGCAGAAUCUUCCCAGGAGACCUUGGCAACGCCAGCGACGAUGAUGAGCAGCGUUGUUGACGCGACUACAACAAGGACGGAUGUAGAGGAGAAGGUGGAGGUUGGGACUGACAAACUAACCGAAGAAGAGGAGGAGAAAAAGGAAGAGAAAGAGGGAGGAGAGGAAGAGAAUGGAGAGAUAGAGAAUGGAGAGGAAGAGGAGAGUCAAGCUAAGAAGUUGUUUGGACCCUGGGAAUCAGAGGCGUCCUCUGAUGUAAAGCCUCCACUUCCAGACCCAGCAUUCAACAGGAGGUGCAGCCUGCUCGUCAGUGAUGUGAAGUAUAAGGAGGACCUUGAGAAGAUGCGAGGUCAGAGUCUGUUUGUUCCUGGAGCCGAACUCAUCCACUCCAAGAACAUCAGCGCUGUGAUAUCUGAGUCGAAGUACAAAGAGGAGGGAAGGAAGGAGGCGUCCAUGUCUCUGUACUCGGUCCUGGCAGAGACCCCCGAGACCCAGCACGCCAGAGAGGCUUCAGAGCUGCAGAGCGAGAUCAAAUACAAAGGAAACGUGAAGACGGAGUUUUCCUCGUCUCUUUAUUCUCUUCUGCCGGAAACCACCGAGACCCAGUUCGUCAAAGAGCUGACGGAGAUACUGAGUGAGAACAAGUACAAGGAGGAAGGGAAGAAGGAGAUGAGCAGCAGUUUGUACUCUCAGCUUCCCGAAACCAGCGAGACGCAGCUGGCCAAAGCUGUCCACCAGUUUCAGAGCGAGAAAAAGUACAAAGAAGACGGGAAGAGGAAGGCCUCCAUCUCUCUCUAUUCUCAACUCCCCGACACUCCAGAAAUACAGCACGCUCUGGAGAUGUCCCAGCUGCACAGUGAGGUGAAUUAUCGGCCUCAUUUGCUGGUUAAAGGAGCUCCGUCCUCUCUGUACUCUCAGCUGUCCGACACCACAGAGCUCCAGUUUGCCAGAGAGAUGACUGAGAUGCAGAGCGAGAGUAAGUACAGGGACGGCAGCAAGAGGAGACUCUCCCAGAGCUUCUACUCUCAGCUCCCGGAGACCGCCGAGACCCAGUUCGCCAAAAGUGUCGCCGAGCUGCAGAGCGAGACGCGGUACAAGGAAGCGGGUAAGAAGGGCGUGACCUCGUCUUUGUUCUCUCUUCUCCCCGAGACUUUAGAGACGGCUCACGCCAAGGAAGUGUCCGAGCUGCUCAGUGAGGUGAAGUAUAAAGAGGACGGUAAGAAGGAGAUGAGCAUCAACCUGUACUCUCUGCUGCCUGAGACCAUCGACACCCAGCACGCUAAAGAGGCCUCCAACCUGCAGAGUCAGCUGAAGUAUAAAGAAGGCGUGAAGCAGAAGAACCAGAGCAGUUUGUACCACCAGCUGCCAGAGACCACGGAGACACAGCUGGCCAAACAGCUGUCUGACCUGCAGAGCCAGGCAAAGUAUAAAGAAGCGGGAAAGAAGGAAGUGAACACCUGCCUGUACUCUGGUCUGCCUGAAACCCUGGAGACACAACACGCCAAAGAGAGCAGCGAGCUGCUCAGUGAGAUUAAAUACAAGGAGAGCGGGAAGAAGGAGCGCUCCAGCUCCCUCUACUCCACUCUGCCCGAUACUUCGGAAACCAGCUUCGCCAGAGAGAUGAGCGAGAUGCAGAGCGAGACUAAGUACAAGGAGAGUGGGAUGAAGAGCCUUUCUCAGAGCGUCUACAGUCAGCUCCCGGAGACCGCCGAGACCCAUUUCGCUAAGACUGUUUCGGAGCUGCAGAGCGAGAUGAAGUACAAACGGGGAAAGAAAGACGCGUCCAGCUCUCUGUAUUCCACUCUGCCGGAGACUCUGGACACGCUGCACGCCAAAGAGGCUUCAGAGCUGCAGAGUCAGCUCAAGUACAAGUCGGCUCUGAAGGACGGUGCUUCCUCCGGCCUGUUCCACCUGCUGCCGGAGACGUUGGAGACGGCCCACGCUAAGGAAGUCUCCGAGCUCCUCAGCGAGGUGAAGUAUAAAGAGGACGGUAAGAAGGAGAUGAGCAUCAACCUGUACUCUCUGCUGCCUGAGACCAUCGACACCCAGCACGCUAAAGAGGCCUCCAACCUGCAGAGUCAGCUGAAGUAUAAAGAAGGCAUGAAGCAGAAGAACCAGAGCAGUUUGUACCACCAGCUCCCAGAGACCACGGAGACACAGCUGGCCAAACAGCUGUCUGACCUGCAGAGCCAGACCAAGUACAAGGAGGCGGGUAAGAAAGAGGAGAAGACGUCUCUGUACUCCAUCCUGCCUCACACCAUGGAGACGCAGCACGCCAAGGAAGCCGCCCAGCUGCUCAGUGACAUCAAAUACAAAGAAGGCGGGAAGAAGGAGAUGUCCAGCUCCCUCUACUCCACUCUGCCCGACACGUCGGAGACCAGCUUCGCCAGGGAGAUGACCGACAUGCAGAGCGAGCACAAGUACAAGGAGGACGGCAAGAGACGCCUCCCUCAGAGCUUCUACUCUCAGCUUCCAGAAACGGCCGAGACUCAUUUCGCCAAAACGGUCUCUGAGCUGCAGAGCGAGAUGAAGUACAAAGAAGCCGGAAAGAAAGGAGCGACGAGCUCUCUGUACUCGACUCUACCUGAGACGCUGGAGACGCAGCACGCCAAAGAGGCUUCACAGCUGCAGAGUCAGCUGAAGUACAAGCAGACUUUAAAGAAAGACGCCUCCAGUCUGUUCCACCUGAUGCCAGAAACCAUCGACACUCAGUUUGUCAGGGAGCAGACGGACAUGCUCAGCGAGGUCAAGUACAAAGAGGAGGGUAAGAAGGAGAUGAGCGUCAGCCUGUACUCCCUGCUCCCCGACACCAUCGACACCCAGCACGCCAAAGAGCUGACAGACAUGCAGAGUGAGGCUAAAUACAAAGAGGCCGGCAGGAAGCAGACGCAGACGUCUCUGUAUCACCGACUGCCCGAAACUCUGGAGACGCAGCACGCUAAAGAGGCCUCGCAGCUGCAGAGUCAGGUCCUGUAUAAAGAGGCUGUUAGGAAGGAGUUGUCGUGCCCAGUUUACCACCAGCUGCCCGACACUCUGGAGACCCAGUUUGCCCGAGAACUCUCCGACAUGCAGAGCCAAAACAAGUACAAGGAGGACGGGCUGAACAGACUCUCUCAGAGUUUCUACUCUCAGCUGCCUGAGACCGCUGAGACUCAGUUUGCCAAAACUGUCUCUGAGCUGCAGAGCGAGACAAAGUAUAAGAAGUCCAGGAGGCAGGAGGCCGGCAGCUGUCUGUACUCUGUGAUGGCAGAAACUCUGGACACUCAACACGCCAAGCAGGCCUCGCAGAUCCAGAGCCAGGUGAAGUACAGAGAGGACGUGCAGAAGUCGUCCAGUCUGUUCUCCAGCCUUCCUCAAACCCCCCAGACCGAGCUGGCCAAGGAGGUGACGGAGCUCCAGAGCCAGGUGAAGUAUAAGGAGGGACAUAAGAAGGAAGCGUCCUCCUCGCUCUAUCACCUCCUCCCCGAGACGCCACAGAUGCUUUUCGCCAAACAGCUGUCAGAGAUCCAGAGCGAGACGAAGUACCAGAAGGAGCGAGAGGAUCUGGCCGCCCCGUUGUUCUCUCUGCUGCCGGAGACUCUGGAGACUCAGUUUGUGAAGGAGAUGGCUGAGACCCACAGCCAGGUGAGGUAUAAGCAGGCUGGGAAGCAGCAGACGGCGUCUUCUCUGUACUCCAAACUGCCCGAGACUCUGGAGACCAAACACGCCAAAGAAGCGACAGAACUACAGAGUGAAAAAAAGUACAAAGAAGACGGAAGGAAGGAGAUGACGUCGUCUCUGUACUCUCAGCUUCCUGAAACCUCCGAGACGCAGUUUCAGCCGGGGAUGGGUAUGGAGACAAGGUGGGGUCUAACCAUCACUUCACCUCCUCCACCACCACCCCACCUCUUCAUCGCCACCACUGCCCUCACCUUACCCCCACCACUGCACCACCCCACCCAUAGCCUCAAAACCUCACCCACCACCCUUGCCUUACCUAUACCCACACUCACAUCCACCUCACCUGCGCUUGCCCCUGGGCCUCCACACCCCCUGCUCCCCACCUCCUACAUUCCCUCCCCCCACCAAUCAACCUUACCUACACCUCUCUCCCCCCCUCCUCCUCUUACCAACCCCCCCACUUACCUCUCUCCCUCCACCUGCCUCCGCACCCACCACACACUCUGCUCCCCCCCUCGCAACAAGUACAAGGAGAGUGGGAAGAAGAGCCAGGCCGUCAGCGUUUACUCCCAGCUCCCAGAGACUAACCAGAUCCAGUUUGCCAAAGCUGUUUCCGAAAUACAAAGUGAGAGCAAAUAUAAAGAAGCAGGCAGGAAAGAGGCGUCCAGCUGUCUGUAUUCGAAGCUGCCCGAGACUCGGGACACUCUGCACGCUAAGGAGGCUUCCCAGCUGCAGAGUCAGGUGAAGUAUAAACAGGACAGUCAGACGGAGACGAGCGCGUCUCUGUAUCACCAGCUAGCUGAAACCACCGAGACGCAGCUGGCCAAAGAGCAGAGAGACCUCUCCAGCCAGGUGAGAAACCCACCGUGA